AUGGGCCCCUGUACCGCCUCCUCAUGCUGCUGCCAGGCCCGUAAUCUGCCAUGGGCCCCCGUACCGCCUCCUCAUGCUGCUGCCAGGCCCGUAAUCUGCCAUGGGCCCCCGUACCCCCUCCUCAUGCUGCUGCCAGGUCCAGAGUGUCUCAUGGGUCCCUGUACGGCCUCCCAUUGCUGCUGUCUCCAUCGCCACACUCUGCCAUGUGCCACUUUCAGGUCUCCUCACACUGCUGGUGGGUUCCAUUUUGUCAUAGGGUGCUGUAUGGCCUCCCAUUGCUGCUGCCUCCACCACCACACUGUGGCUCCACACUCUGGUUUUGGCCCCGUGACUGCCCAAAUGAGUGAAGUGUGCGGUGAUUCUAAGAUCGACGGCACUCAUCUGCAUGUCAUACUGACUGACAGUAUUAUUUCUCUUCCCCAGCAGACUCCAAGGGCAUUUAAAUUAAAGGUACAGUGUUCUGCACUAAUAUAA